AUGGGCCCUGAUCAACAUGCUCAAUUGGAUCGCUUCAGUCUCUUUCUUCCUUUUCCCUAUCGUGUGGCCGUGAUCCUGGUUGCUGGCUUCUGGGGUUGGGGGGUCAAUCUCCAAUAUCUUCUCAAGAAGAACAUUGAUGUCCCCGCGCUCAUCCGAUACCCUGCCCGUCAAUCUUCGUCCCAGCGACCCCACCAUGUCUCGACAUACCACUUAGCUACGCUCUUGACGAUCCCCCUACUGCUCUCACUACUUAUAUUCUGGGCCGCUACCCAUGGCUCUACUGAGAGGGUCGAAUUUCUGGAUUUUAUCCCGCAGUCAUAUCUCAUUAUCUUCUUCAUAAUCAUCCUUCUCCCUUUCAACCGUCUCGCGCGCUCUGGUAGACAUCGCUUGCUCGUGACCCUGAAGCGAAUCAGCAUUGGUGGAUUGGCAGAAGCUCAAGAUGGAAAGUUUGGAGACAUCCUACUUGCCGAUGCGCUGACUAGCUAUGCUAAGGUGCUAGCGGACUUGGUUGUCACUUUCUGCAUGUUCUUUACCUCGGGUGUUUCCAGCACAUCCAAGCCGGAUCGCAAGUGCGGACACGAUUGGGUGAUUCCCCUGGUCGUUGCUAUUCCGAGUAUUAUCCGAUUUCGGCAGUGUUUGAUUGAAUAUGUGCGUGUGCGUCGAGCUGGUUUCAAACUGGAAAAUCAGGGCGGCCAGCACCUAGCCAACGCUCUGAAAUACGCCACCGCGCUUCCCGUCGUCUACCUUACCUCCAAACUGAGGAACUAUAACCCUCUGGAGAGCUAUGGAUACAGCGAGAUUAGCCUGUCACGACUAUUAUACAUGUUCACUUUUGUGAAUUCCACUUACUCUUUCUACUGGGACGUCACCAAAGAUUGGGACUUGACCCUCCUAACUUCAUCACGCCGCAGCGCACAUCAUCCUUACGGAUUACGCCGGCACCGCCAUUUUGCGGAUCGGCAAUACUAUCUUGCUAUUCUUGUAGAUCUCGUUAUUCGGUUUUCAUGGUUGUCCAGGUUUAUGCCAGGGCUUGUCUGGCUCUGCGAGACGGAAGUGGGCAUCUGGUUGCUUAUGUCCCUUGAAGUCGCACGCCGGUGGAUGUGGAUCUUCUUGCGUGUGGAGACCGAAUCUGUCAGGAACAGCCGUGGACCGGCCCCUGAUGAUAUUCUUCUCGGUGAGUUUAACGGUAAAUUGGAUGCAGACUGA